AUUCCCUUGACCGAUAGAAGUGAAUCAGGAAGAUACUUCACUGAAGACAUGGUAUUUGUCAAUUUGUUAUCUACAAGAAUUAAUUUUCAUGAAUCUGGUCGAUGAAUUUGAGGAUCUUUUUUUUAUCUCAAGCACUUAGGCCUUUUUAUUUUUGUAGCGUUCGAUAUUUAUUAGCUUGUUUGAAUUUGAGAUGGAAGGAUAUAAAGUUUUUUUUUCCACGUAUAUUGUGGUAUAUAUUGUGCUACCAUUUCACGUAAAUACGAUGUUAAUGAUGGAGCCUAAUUUUGUAAGCUCCUGGUAUGAUAUGAAAGCACAAGCUGGCACUAACACGACAUUACUAUCCAUUGAGCAUGGCCUUGGAGAAACACCUUUGCUUGUUGACGUGCAAGUCCUUGGUAAAAAUGGUCGUGUUUUUCCAGGGUCAGGUUGUCGUGCUAGGGAUGAUGAUCAACCAGAAGGAUAUGGUGGAAUAAUUUACAUUUACAACGAUGUAUACAUUGAAAUCAGUUCUCCGAUGCAAUCGGAUGGACAUCUUGGCCGCUGUAUAUACACAGGAAAAAUGCCAUACUGGAAUGGAUUCACUGAAUAUGACUCUUAUUUCGCUCAAGUCAGAGCUCGAGCUUGGAAAAAAUCUACCCUGCCUCCCGCAGAUUUCGUAAAGACAGGACAAUUCAUAGCUUCAGGAGCUCAGGACAACUAUUUUGAGGAACCUCAUGGCCUAGGUGAUUAUCCUUCAUUGGUGAUAUCAAGAACUAAGUUUCCAUCGUCUACGGAAACAUAUCCUGAUUACUAUUCCGAUUCUGUUGGUUCUUCAAUGGGAAUGUAUGACAACACAUCCACUCAGAACGCUUUUGUUGUGUACGGAUUUAGUAAUGAAUCUAUUAGAGUUUGGGCACCGACUUCUGAAGCCGAUUAUAUAUUUGCUGGUACGGAUGGUUGGAAUUUUAAUGUUGUUAAGAAUGGAACUUUGGAAUUGUAUGCUUGGAGAAAUUCAUCAUUAACUACGUCUCUUUCAAGCAUUAUGUAUCUAACUACAACUUUUUAUGGUCCUGGUCUAAGGAUUACAGAUAUCGAUAUUGCUAAUGGAAAUUUUGUUAAAGCUUGGGUUCAAGCAACAUCUGGAGUAAAUUCAGGCUUCCGGUUUGUCGGAAAUGGAAAUUUAGCUUACGACGAGGUUAAAACGGCCGCUGGUUGUAGCUAUGGUGGACUUGUUUACGCAUAUGAUAAAGUCGCAUAUGAUAACAGUUACCUAUACUUUUGGCAACCUGGUCCAGGAAACGGGGAAUCUAAUGGUGCUUUGAUCUGUAUAGCAAAUGGAAUGGGAGGAGGAAAAAAUGUUCAAGCCAGUAAUGACAGAGUUAUUGUAGCUCAUAUAUGGGAUCUAGAUUCAACUUCAACAUCAACAUACUCAACAGAGUUAAGCACAGCAACACAACCUUCGACGACUGGCGGCAUCUCUUAUUCCCCAACAUUUAGUUCUUCAGUUGAACAACGCACGACAUUACCGACAAGUACCCAUUUAACAACACCAAUAAUACCUCCAAUUACCACAAUACCAGACUGCGACAGUCCACCAGAUAUCGCUUUCGGAUAUGUAGAAGUUUCAGGAACUUCUCUCGGAUCCUACGCCAAAUGUGUUUGUCAUCAAGGAUAUGAAUUAAUCGGUAUUGAAUUCAUUCAAUGCCAGCCGGACGGUAAUUGGGGUCCGAUGAACCUAGUCGAGUGUCGCCCAGUAGAUUGCGGUCCUCUACGAUUAUCUAUCAAUAACAGUGAAGAGACAACAUUCAUUCCGAAGAAUUCAACACAUUUUGGAAGCGUCGCUUUAAUUAAAUGCAAAGUUGGAUAUUCAUUUUCAAAUGGAAACACGAGUGUCACAUUUAUAUGUUCAGAAAAAGCAGCCUGGAAUAGCAAUGUAUCAAUAACAUGCUCGCCUGUGUACUGCAGUCGCCCAGAGGUCACAGACCAACCUACAAUUGAAGGUGCAGAUACUACAUACACAGUUGAUUCAGUCAUACAUUAUUCUUGUGAAAACGGUUAUGUAUUAGAAGGCUACCGUUCUCGCGUAUGUCUGAAGUCUGGACAAUGGAGCGGGAGUGCACCUAAGUGCAUAAAAGCUCCAAGCAAACAAGCAAGUCCGUGUGAAAAAAACACAGACAGUCAUGGACAGGUUUGGAAUGUAACAAAUCCAGGCGAAACACGAGUGUUCCCAUGUUCCAAAAUAAAUCAAGAUUUGUCUGAUUAUGUAACGAGAAAGUGUUCAACAGAAGGGAAAUGGUUGUUACCUCAUUACAACUGUAUUAGAAAGGCGCUAGAGGAAAUUACUGACAGUGUAAAUAUUAUAAAAGAAACACCGACAACCGAGACUGUAGUUCAUGUACUUGAUCAACUAUCGUCAUUAACCAAUCAAACUGAAAGCAACAAAACAUAUAGUGGUGAAUUAGAAGCGGUUACGUCAACUCUAGAGAUCAUAGCAACUAUUGACUACACUAACAUAACCAUAAAUGACAGUCUUUCUACGUCCUUCUUUGAAACUACAAGUAACUUGUUGAAUACAAGUAAUACUGAGUCAUGGCAUGCUAUUGGUGACCAAUCGUCAGCGUCGUCAGAGGCAUCAUCAGGGGCGUCAAAGGUUUUAGACGUAAUUAGUAACUUCACUGAUGCUAUUUCAAGGUCAUUUAACCGUUCUGGAGGAGGGAACUUUUCAAAAACAUUUGAUAACUUAGUUUUGGAAAUAAGGAGCAUUCACGACUCACCGAAUAUAAAGUUUCCACCUACUGGAUCACAAAAUGCUUCUUUGGAUCUACCCAAAGCUUCUUUGACAGGAUCAACGAUAUAUUCAGCUGUUUUAUACAAAAACCUGAGUGGUAUGAUGUCAAUAAAUACAGCUUUUAGUGGAAAUAACAUAGAAUUUGGCUCGUCAGUUAUGUCAGUAAAGUUGGACAAAUGGACAAAAGUUAAUGACUUCAAUAUUACGCUAACAUUCCAACAUUUUGAGACUGAUCAACAGUUAUCAGCAAUAUGUAGUUACCGCAAUGCAUCAAGCGUGCUAUGGGGGAACAAUGGAUGUAAAGUGAAGCGUUCGGACAAUUACAAAACUGUUUGUGAAUGUGACCAUUUAACCAAUUUUGCGAUCUUAAUGAGUCCAUGGACAAAAGAGAAUGUGGAAACGGAAGCAAUACGUAUCAUAUCAAUCGUAGGCUGUUCCAUAUCCAUGUUGUGUUUGAUAAUAACGAUGCUAACACAUAUAUGCUAUUGGAAGUUUGUGAAAUCUGAUCGCGUGAAGAUACUGAUGAGCCUUUGCUUUGCUUUGCUGAUUUCGUACAGUAUAUUUCUCGGCGGUGUUGAUAGAACAGCAAAUGAGGAUGUCUGCACGACAAUCGCGGUAUUGCUACAGUACAUUUAUCUCGUGGUGUUUUCCCUAAUGUUGGCAGAAGCUGUAGAAAUAUCUUUUGUUAUUCUUUACGUGUUCACUACUGAAUCCAGACUAAAGUGGAUACUACCAUUAGCUUGGUUGCUGCCAGCUGUAAUAGUUGGCAUAUCUUUAGCGGUUACUCAGACAAAGGGUUAUGGAAACGAUAAAUCAUGCUGGCUUUCAAUUGAUGAUGGACUCAUAUGGGCUUUUGUAGGACCGGCCCUUUUGAUUAUUUUGGUGAAUUUUAUUUUGAUAGUUCUUGUGUUGAAAGCAAUUUUCAAGACAAAAACAUUGUCACAGAAAUCUCUGAAGGAAAGGACCAUGGCUGGUAUUCGUUGUCUUUGCGUAUUACUUCCCCUUGUUGGCUGCACCUGGGUUAUUGGUAUAUUUUAUGUGAAUGAAGACUUGGCGUGGAUACAGUAUGUUUUUGCAGUCUGUAAUGGGCUUCAGGGUUUGGCUAUAUUCGUUUUCCACUGCUUACUUAAUACGCAGAUAAGGCAUGCUUACCAAAGAAAGAAGAGAUACUCAAGUUCUGGUCUGUUCACACGGUCGACUUCAAAUCCAAUCCUCGUUCCGAGAGCGAUGUCCAACUCAUCAACAUCAGAUAUAUACAACAGUAUCAAUGAUAGCUAUGGAUCAGAGACUACUUAUCACCUAGACAGGGAUGUUCGCGUAAGGCGUCCAGGGGCUGAAAGAAUUGAACUGAAACAUUAUUCAGACAGACGUUAACAGUUUGAUGAAUGAUGACCUUGAAAUCUAUAACACUUUCGAUAACUGCGGUGCAUGGUGAUACGAUUAUUCUUGGUGAUACUAAUGAAUUCAUGAUUACUCUUGAAUAAUCUUAAAAUUGGAUUGGCGAUUAAAUCAAACAUGGACUACAAUCAAAUCAUUGUCUGUUAUUAAUUAUAUGUCACAAUAUUUUCGACAUUUUCAUGACAUCAUGUUUCUGUGAUACAUUGGCUUAGCUGUGAAAAUUACAUUUAUUCUUGCUGUCAUUAUAUAAUUAUUCUAUAGA